GCGGCAGGGUUAGUUGAAGACCUUCAGGAGUGUUUUACACAGGAGGACAGAGGGGGACUUUACACUGAGGGACAUAUAUAUACAUAUAUAUGUAUAUAUAAAAAUAUAACACAGACCUUUCAGGACAGUACUGGAUAAUCUCUAACCCGACUACUUGAACCAUGAAGUCUCCAAAGCUUAAACCUCAAGCGAAGUUCGUCAACGAGGAGGAUCUGAACGACGUGCUGUGCGAGUUCGACGCGGUGAUCGAAGACUUCACGUCGCCGGUGGAGAAGCGACACUUCAGGUACGACGAACACCUGAAGACCAUGAAGAGGAGGAGCAGCGCCAGCGUCAGCGACAGCGGCAUCAGCGACUCGGAGAGUGCAGAGUCGCUCAACAGAAACAGCUUCAGCUUCAGCGACGAGCGGCUGAAUUCCCCCACUGUGCUCUCACCCGCCACCACCUCUCCCCCUCUUCUGUCACCCAAACCCAAACUCGGCGACACUAAAGACCUGGAGGACUUCAUCGCCGACCUUGACAGGACAUUAGAGAGCAUGUGACACGGAGGCUCACAGUCAUCUGGGAGUGUAGCCAUGAGAGAGGGAGGGAGUGGAUGUCUGGACUCCCCCUGAAAAUGCACCUGCCCCCCACACUGAAAACCACCCAACAGGAUACAGCUGGAUGGCACAGCAACUGCCAAGUGGCUCCACUGCGGCAUCAGGUCUAGCCAGCGCUCUCCUAAAGUUAAUCUGGCAGUGCUCCACUGAAUCCAGGCCACCUGGCUCCUGGGCUGUAAGGACUGCAGGAAGGGUCAAAAUUAGCAUUGUAGGGAACCUGAGGACAAGAAUACUCAGCAGCCAUGAGGUAAUGGACUCCAUGAGACGCUGUGAAGAAUGACAACAUAGAUUAUAUGCUACAAGAGUCACUGGAACUUUAUGGUCAGAAUCAUAUCAUCAACCCCCCCCUCCCACACCCACACACACACACACACACACACACACACACACACAGACCAGGUCACACUCCCUCAUCUGAAACUUGAGCUGGAGGAUUAUUUAAAAUGGCUUUUUAUAAUAGAAAUAUAUUUGUAAUUUUAUAGAGCUUCUUAUUGUAAAUGUAUGUCUUUCUUUUUUUGUGAAAUAUAUUUUUGUAUCUUGUGUAAAUAAUAAUUGUUCCAAAUUCUAUUUGCCUUGGUAUUAACAGGACAGUCAGAUUAAGAUUUGACACUCGUUGACUGGAAUAAAGUUGGUUACAUGUUUAAAUGUGAACUGAAAAAACUGGAAAAGUAAAAUGUGUAUUUAAUACAGCUAAUGCCUGCCAGAGACAACAUUAAAGUAUGAAAUAUUGAUCUUUUA